UCCGGGGAUCCCUGAGCGGUCCCGGAGGGGCCGCGGGCCCCGGCGCUGCCGCUAUGUCGAUGUCUCACCUGUACGGCACGGACGGCGACGAUGGCGUGGAGAUGGAGAGUUUCGAGGUGUCGGACUGGGACCUGCAGAACGAGUUCAACCCGCACCGGCAGCGGCACCGCCAGACCAAGGAGGAGGCGACCUACGGCGUGUGGGCCGAGCGCGAUUCGGACGAGGAGCGGCCGAGUUUCGGCGGGAAGCGCUCCAGGGAUUACUCCGCCCCCGUGAGCUUUGUCAGCGCCGGGCUCAGGAAGGCAGCGGCCGAGGAACAGUCAGACGAGGACUCGGAUGAGGAUGAGAAACCUGGGAAGCAGGAGGAGAUCCCCAAGGAGUUCGUGCCCAAGAAGUUAAAAACAGGAGGAAAUUUCAAGCCCAGCCAGAAAGGCUUUGUCGGGGGCAACAAAUCUUUCAUGGAUUUUGGCAGCUGGGAGAGACACACUAAGGGAAUUGGGCAGAAGCUUCUCCAGAAGAUGGGAUAUGUCCCUGGAAGAGGUCUUGGGAAGAAUGCUCAAGGUAUCAUCAAUCCCAUCGAGGCCAAGCAGAGGAAAGGCAAAGGUGCCGUGGGGGCUUAUGGCUCUGAGAGGACCACCCAGUCCCUGCAGGACUUCCCUGUGGUGGACUCAGAAGAGGAAGCUGAGGAGGAAUUUCAGAAGGAGCUCAGUCAGUGGCGGAAGGACCCGAACGGAGGCAAGAAGAAGCCCAAGUACAGCUAUAAGACAGUGGAAGAGCUGAAAGCCAAGGGCAGGAUCAACAAGCAGCUUGCAGCCCCUCAGAAGGAGCUGUCUCAGGUCAAGGUUAUAGACAUGACGGGCCGGGAGCAGAAGGUUUAUUACAGCUACAGCCAGAUCAGCCACAAGCACAACAUCCCAGAUGACAGCCCCCAGCAGCCCCUGGGCAAGGACUCCAAGCCCCAGGGGUUCGCCCUGCCCGAGCUAGAGCACAACCUGCAGCUGCUGAUUGACAUCACGGAGCAGGAGAUCAUCCAGAACGACCGGCAGCUGCAGUACGAGAGGGACAUGGUGGUCAACCUGAGCCACGAGAUCCAGAAGAUGUCCGAGGUGCUCUCGCACGAGGAGAAGGCCAUCAGCAACCUCAGCAAGGUGCUGGAUAUGGUGGAGGAGUGUGAGAGGCGGAUGCAGCCCGGCUGUGAAAACCCUCUGACCUUGGAUGAGUGUGCAAAGAUUUUUGAGACGCUUCAGGACAAGUACUACGAGGAGUACAGGAUGUCAGACAGGGUGGACCUGGCAGUGGCCAUAGUUUAUCCUCUCAUGAAGGAUUACUUCAAGAACUGGGAUCCCCUCAAGGACUGUUCCUAUGGCACAGAGAUCAUAGCCAAGUGGAAGAACCUUCUGGAAAAUGACCAGCUGUUAUCCCACAGUGGGCAGGACCUGUCAACGGAUGCUUUCCACAGAAUGAUGUGGGAGAUCUGGAUGCCAUAUGUCAGAAACAUUGUGGCACGGUGGCAGCCAAGGAACUGUGGAUCCAUGGUGGAUUUCUUGGAUAGCUGGGUAAACGUUGUUCCUGUGUGGAUUCUGGAUAAUAUUCUGGAUCAGCUCAUCUUCCCCAAGUUACAAAAGGAGGUUGAAAGCUGGAAUCCGCUGACAGACACAGUCCCAAUCCACUCCUGGAUCCACCCCUGGCUGCCUCUGAUGCAGGCACGGCUGGAGCCACUGUACUCUCCCAUCAGGAACAAGCUGGCCAAUGCCCUGCAGAAGUGGCAUCCCAGUGACUCCUCUGCCAAGCUCAUCCUUCAGCCCUGGAAGGAUGUGUUCACUCCUGGCUCGUGGGAGGCUUUCAUGGUCAAAAACAUUGUGCCUAAACUAGGGAUGUGUUUGAACGAGCUCAUCAUCAACCCUCACCAGCAGCACAUGGAUGCCUUUUAUUGGGUGAUCGACUGGGAAGGGAUGAUUUCUGUUUCCAGCCUUGUUGGGCUGCUGGAGAAACACUUCUUCCCGAAGUGGCUGCAGGUGCUCUGCUCUUGGCUCAGUAACAGCCCCAACUAUGAAGAGAUCACCAAGUGGUACCUGGGCUGGAAGUCCAUGUUCUCAGACCAGGUGUUGGCACAUCCCUCCAUCAAAGACAAGUUUAAUGAAGCUCUGGACAUCAUGAACCGAGCCGUGUCCUCCAGCGUGGGGGGGUACAUGCAGCCGGGGGCCCGGGAGAACAUCGCCUACCUGACGCACACGGAGCGGCGCAAGGACUUCCAGUACGAGGCCAUGCAGGAGCGGCGGGAGGCCGAGAACAUGGCCCAGCGCGGCAUCGGCGUGGCCGCCAGCUCUGUGCCCAUGAACUUCAAGGACCUCAUCCAGACCAAGGCCGAGGAGCACAACAUCGUGUUCAUGCCCGUGAUCGGGAAGCGGCACGAGGGGAAGCAGCUGUACACGUUUGGCCGGAUCGUCAUCUACAUCGACAGGGGAGUGGUGUUUGUGCAGGGGGAGAAGACGUGGGUGCCCACCUCCCUCCAGAGCCUCAUCGACAUGGCCAAGUGAGGCCCUGCUGGGGACCCAGAGAACUCUUGGGGAAUAGCUUUAGUGUAACUCUUAGAAUAAAGAAGUUACAGGUUUGUAAAUAGUGAAA